AUGGGAAUCGAAGAGGGGCGACUACUCUUUGAUAACCUGAGACUAUCACUAGCAUACACCUUCGCUCAUCUUUGGCCCGAAAUUUUCCCAAUCAUGCUUACUUUCAUCUUGGGACUCCCACUGGGUCUGUCACCGAUGCAGAUUUUGUCUAUCGAUCUUGCUUCCGAGAUGCCACCGGCAGUCUCGUUAGCCUAUGAACAACCGGAGCAGGACAUCAUGCUGACCCGACCAAGAAAUCGAAAAACCCGUCUACUUUCUAAGAAUUUACUCGUUUAUGCUUAUCUAUUCGCUGGAACUGGUAUCACUAUUGGUUGUAUAGCAGCCUAUCUGAGCGUUUAUUGGUGAGU